ACCCGGUUGGUUAAAACACAAAUCGUCUCCUUCUUGGGUUUUAAGGAUUUAAGACCGCAUUUAACUAAAUAAUUUAUAAGAACUAGCAAUGAUAAUAAGGACUUUUAAUAUGUGCGUAAAAACAUACGGCUGUUUACGGUUUAUUCGGCCACAGAGCACUUUGACAACUGUCUUUGAGGAGGGUGGCACAGCAGGACUUGUCCUCAAAUCUACAUCCACUAAUAUUUAUGAAAAUCUGGCUUUUGAGGACUGGAUACACCAACACGUAGACCUGGAAAAUCGGAGCAUUCUCUUUCUGUGGAGGAACGCGCCAGCGGUGGUAAUAGGCAGGCAUCAAAACCCGUGGCAAGAAUGCAACCUCCGACAAUUGAGAGAAUGGGGCAUUCCGCUGGCGAGACGGCGGAGCGGGGGAGGAACGGUGUUCCACGACCUGGGCAACAUCAACAUGACCUUCUUCACGUCCAAGAGAAAGUACGACCGGCACAGGAAUUUAAGCAUCGUCACCAGCGCUUUGAAAAAACUUAGACCGGGUCUAGACGUGCAUGCGACGGACAGAUUUGAUAUACUGCUUAACGGACACUUUAAAAUCUCAGGGACCGCGGCGAAACUGGGGAGGAAAGACGCCUACCAUCACUGUACUUUACUGUGCGCCGCCGACAAGAUCUUGUUGUCCGCUGUCCUGAAAAGCACUUGCCAGGGGAUUACCAGCAACGCAACCCCGAGUGUGCCAUCUCAGGUGAAAAAUCUCAUGGACGAGGAUCCAACUUUAGAUUGCGACAUGAUCAUGGAAGCCUUGGCCUCUCAGUAUAACUUAGAGUUUGGCUUAAAAGGUCCCGUCACCCUCGUCGAUCCGACGGAUGAGCUAUCCAUGCCUGGGAUCCGCAAUAUGGCACUUGAGCUACAAACGUGGGAAUGGGUUUACGGAAGAACGCCUAAAUUUAGCGUCAGUACUUGUUUUGAGGUGAGCUGCGAAACUUCCAGCACAAACGUGACCUUGAAUAUGGACGUCAAGAACGGUAUCAUAGAGACAUGCACGAUCGAGUUACCCCACGACUGGCUGCCCACCGCAAUAUGCAAGGACCUGAGCACACUCUUGGUCGGCAGCAAGUUUUGUCCUACCGAGACAGCGGUGGUUACCGCGGCUAUGUUAAGGACAAACCGGCUGAGCAAUGAAUUUGAAAACAAAAUGCAUAUUCUGUGUGAAAGUGUUGCUGCUGUGAUGUGA